UCCAAUACAUGCAGUGUGUGAUAAGCGGUUAAAGAUAAUACAUCCAUGGUGAUAAGUCACGAUCUCUCAGUCUUAACAACAACUCAUUCGUUUUUUUUCUUCCAUUCUCUUUGUAGAAUUAGAUUGGCUGAACAAAAGUUUUCAGACUAGGAAUGCACUUUCUCUUCAAAGUCAUUUUUUAGAGAAGACCAAGGAGCGGCACAAUACGAGGGAACAAGGAAGAGAUGGCUGUGAGGCCAAUACAGGCUGUGACGCCAAUACAGUUGGAGUGGAAUGAGGAUUCAGGGAGUGAUUCUUCUGGGUCUGAAUUAUCCAGCUACACAGGAUUGGAUCCAGAUUACAGUUCACCUCAGAAUGCAUCAUCAUCUAGUGAUGAAGAUUUGAAACGCCCAGGCACAAGUUUGAGUGAAGAUGAAGAUCAGCAAGGAGGCAAGUGUAACAUUCAAGAACAAAAUAACCCAAUAACUUAUGUGCAAAGACUAAAUAAAAGACCAAAGAGGAACAAAAAAGUUGAAGUGACUGUAAAAACAUGUACAAAAAGAGAAGAAAACAAACGAGCAUGGGACAAAAGGCAUUAUUGCCUCUACUGUGGCCAAUCACACCUAAAGAUGGCGAGGCAUUUGCAGAGAAAGCAUUCAGACAUCAAGAAUGUAGCAUAUGCCUUCAGCUUCCCUUUAGGAUCAAAAGAAAGAAAGGUUCUUUUGGAACAACUACGGAAUAAAGGCGACUUCAAGCACAAUACCAAAGUCCUGGAAAAAGGCAGAGGACAACUAGUGACAUGGAAGCAGCCCUCUGAUAAAGCUUCUGUUAAGGACUAUUUGCCUUGCUCAUUUUGUUUGGGAAUGUUUUCUAAAAAGGAUCUGUGGAGACAUCAGUCCUUAUGCAAAAGUGAAAAAUCCUGUGUGAUAGAAGAAGGAAAAAAGACAAGAGGAAGAGUACAAAGUCGUGCUGCACGCCUGCUUCCAAUAGCGGCUUCUUCCGGCGGAUGUCAGGGUAUCAUCAACAACAUGCGACAAGAUGAUGUGUCCUUUCACAUUAGGAGUGAUUCUUUGAUCUGCAGAUAUGGAGAUUCACUGUACGCAAAACACAGCCGUGUGAAGUCUGGGGAUCAGUACAUUGCGCAAAGAAUGAGGCAGCUUGGCCGAUUUGUGUUGGUUGCCAAAGAUGUGGACAAGACUGUGCAAAGUCUGGAAGAUUUAUGUGCACCAUCAAAAUUUCAGCUUGUCAUCAGUGUAGCUAAGACUCUUACAAAGUUCAGUCCAGGCAAAAAUGAGUAUGGAAAACCUUCAACAGCAGUUAAAAUUGGAUUCUGUCUAAAAGGAGCAGUGGAGGUCCUGAUUGGACAGGCUCUUAUGAAUGAUGAUGACCUGGCAGAGAAGAAGGCAAAAGAAUUCUUGGAACUUUUGGAAAAAAACUGGAAGAUGGCUCUGAGGGAUUUUGACCAACAGUCCUCCUUUAACAUGGGAACCAGCAAAGGGGUCUGUGGAGGAUGUGGGGAGGCAGCGUUUGAUGAUGCGCUGGAUGGCCUGCCUUCGUUUGGGCCGGAGGAAGAUGAUGAGGACUGGCACUUUGCUCUGCCGGUGGGCACUCUGGAGCAAGAGGGAGAAGAAAGCCGUGGGUCAGCCAACACCUCCCACUCUUCUCAAGACAACACACCAGAAAACAGCAGAGCAUCAGAUGGUGGUGUCCAGAACCAGGCAGAGGAGACGGAAGACAGCGAACAGGGAGAAACGUCAAUCACAGCUCCAGUGGAGGACAGAAAUCCCCCUACGCUUCCUAGUGACAAUAUUAAAGACGAGCCCAUUGAUGACAAUAUUAAAGACGAGCCCAUUGAUGAAGGCUAUGAUGCCGCUUUGCUUCCUCAGAGCUCCAUCAAGCAGAUUAAAGAAGAGCCGGACCAACAGGAGGAAGAGCUUAAGAUCAGCUCUGUCUACUCUGUAGGAGGAGCCACCACUCUUGCAUCACCUUCAACCCCAGCAGCUGUCCUAAUUACAGCUCCAACUCAAACGACCAUUUUUAUCCCUGGCAGAGGAGCCCGGCUGCAGGCCAUUUCUUCCCUUCCGAUGAGACCCCCAGUGCCAAUCACCACUUCACUUCCCACCCUGGCACCAAUGCCGCCGCGGCCACCACAGCCCCCAGUCCCUGGUAGUGUCCGCUGCAGCGGCUGCUCUAAGGUUUUACGAAAAGGCCAAACAGCGUUCCAGAGAAAAGGAUCAACGCAGCUCCUCUGCUCCACAGUCUGCCUGACGAGCCACCUUCCUCCAGCCACCAAGGCAUCAGACGGUGGUGUCCAGAACCAGGCAGAGCAGACAGAAGACAGCCAACAGAGAGAAACGUCAAUCACAGCUCCAGUGGAGGACAGAAAUCCCCCGACGCCUCCUAGUGACAAUAUUAAAGACGAGCCCAUUGAUGACAAUAUUAAAGACGAGCCCAUUGAUGAAGGCUUUGAUGCCGCUUUGCUUCCUCAGAGCUCCAUCAAGCAGAUUAAAGAAGAGCCGGACCAACAGGAGGAAGAGCUUAAGAUUAGCUCUGUCUACUCUGUAAGAGGAGCCACCACUCUUGCAUCACCUUCAACCCCAGCAGCUGUCCCAAUUCCAGCUCCAGCUCCAACUCAAACGGCCAUUUUUAUCCCUGGCAGAGGAGCCGGGCUGCAGGCCAUUUCUUCCCUUCCGAUGAGACCCCCAGUGCCAAUCACCACUUCACUUCCCACCCUGGCACCAAUGCCGCCGCGGCCACCACAGCCCCCAGUCCCUGGUAGUGUCCGCUGCAGCGGCUGCUCUAAGGUUUUGCUAAAAGGCCAAACGGCAAUCCAGAGAAAAGGAUCAACGCAGCUCUUCUGCUCCACAGUCUGCCUGAUGGGCCACGUUCCUCCAGCCACCAAGUGCGACAGCUCCUCGCAGCCCGACCAACCAUCCACGUCGCCGGCACAGUCAACAAAUCCUCAGGAGGAAAUUCAGCCAUGCGUGGGCGUCCCAGCCCGCCUGACCGGACGCCAUUUCCUGGGCAAGAAGGACACCAAGUCGGACUGCAAGGUCUGCUCACAACGCAAGAGGAAGGGGGCUGAGGAAGAGGAGGCAGAGGGUAAAAAGCGGAAGAUGGAAGAGAAUGAUGAUCCAGAGAGAAAGGAGGGAGCAGAGGAGGAAGUGGAGGAGAAAGGAACAGCUCUCAGCGAGGAGACGAAAGAAGAGGACCAGCCUGAAAUGAAGGAUUGUGUUACUACAAAAAGGCAGACGCGCUAUUACUGUAAGACGUGUUCAGGAGAGCCCCACCUCUGCCCCGUGCCAUGUUUUGAACUCUACCACACUCGACUGAUCUACAAGACGGUUCCAGAGCUGGAAAUGCAAACCUCCUGAUCUGCUGCUACGAGACGUCGUCCUCUGCCUGCCCAACGACGCUGUAGCAAGGCUAGUGCUACGGGGGUCACCCGACAGGACACAGGGUUUAGCGCAGAAACUCUUUAUUUCACCCAGACACACGUGCACCAGCAGAGCCCUCUCCCAGCAGACCUCUUGCUGGUGUGCAGCCAAUUCUUAUGUAGCCAGGCAGGGUGGAGAGGUUGAUUCAAACUUCAAACUUUAUUUAUUUAUAUAGCACCGAAUCAUGCAAUAUAAAUGCAACACAUGGUGCUUUACAUACAAAAUAAAAUAACAAUCAGAAAUACAAUUUAAAACAUCCCAUACGACCCCACCCCCCACGCGUACACACACCCUCACUCACACUCAUAUACAUGUGCAUACACUCACACGCCCACACACACACACAAACACAGUAAGUGGACUGGUGACAUGGCUUGGCACUAACGAUCCAGGUGAGGAAAACACUACCUGUGGGUGGCCGUCCACACCGAGAGGCUCCACCGACCACGACCACAGGGAGCAUCGCCACAGAGACCCCCCUAACCCGGAGAGACCAGGGGCCUGUACUACGAAGCAAGUUCAACAUACCCAGGAUAUCUUUUCCUUAUCCAGAUUCACUAACCCGGACAAUUGCAAUCACGCUAAGCGGUCACACGACGGUGGUUAUCAACUCGGUAUAUCAACCCAGGUUUCUCCAAUCUGGAUAUGAGCGCGUGCACAUAAAAGGGGCGGUGUUUUCAGCGCAUGACCAAUCGCAAGCAUGGAGAAGUCCGCUGUCAGAGCCGCUUAUUUCAGUAGCGAAGAGCAAACAAUAAUUUUACGGAAAUAUGAUGAGUAUAGGCAUAUAAUACAGGCAAAAAGCAACACAGUUGCAGCUGCAAAAUGCAGGAAAGACAGCUGGCAAAAGAUCGCUGACUGUAUAAAUGCGUAAGUUCAUAGGGAUAUAAACAUCACUGCCCCAUCAUUAGGGCAUAAGUAGAUCUGACUAUAAUUACAGUUGUCUAUUCUGUUAAAUGCAUGUGUUGCUAAGAUGUAUUCAUAUGGCGUGUAUGACAAUUGUAGCCUCAUCCCUUCAGCUGCAACCCCAGCGGAGUGAAACGCACAUGGGAGCAAAUAAAAAAUAAAUAUAAAAACAUAAUUCAAAGCGGUAAGUAGGCUCACUUUCAUAUCUUAGAAGUACAAAAAGUACAAGGCUUUAGUGUUUCUAUCACUCUCUGUUUUAGGAUGAUAUCAGUAUACAAAAGCACAAUGAAAUAGCAUUGACAUUACUUGCAGCAAACAGAAAAAAAAAAUGACAAGAAGAAGAUCGGAGGGAUCCUCUCACGAUCCGCGCACCGAGCUCCACUGGAUUCUCUUCGAAAGGGCAUGCCAUUUUCCAAGAGAGCUGAUUGGUCAGUGGGCGGUGCUUUUAUACCCGGCGAUCUGUAUCUCGAACAUAACCUGCUCCGGAGCAGGUUAGCUGUUCAGCAUAAGUUACCAUGGCGAUGUACCCCGGUAAGAAGUGAACCACCGUCGUAGUCCUGAAAACCCAGGGUUAAACCUGAAGUUACCUCGCUAACCCCAAAUCCCGCUUCGUAGUACAGGCCCCAGGACAGACCCCACACAGAAGGUGGAGUCCCACCCCCAGCUACCCAGGCCUGAGGGACCCCCAUGACGACACCCCCAUGGGCAGAGCAGGCACACCUCCCAGUGUGGACGACCCCCCUGAGGAAACACUGGAGCUAAAAAUUAAAAGAAAGUAAAAAAUGCCUAAAAGUGUAAAAUUUUAGGGAAAUCUAUACAAAACUUAAGAUGAAUAAUAAAUAACAUAAAAUACAAAGUCACUAAAAUGGAUUAAAGGUUUAAAGAUAAUAAAAAAGCUAAAUAAGUAAAUACAAUAAAUACCUGAAAAGACUAGGUAAAUGAGAUCAGAUAAAAGCCAAGCUAAAAAGGUGUGUCUUGAGCCUCCUUUUAAAAAUAUCAUUGGGCACACCUGUGCCCAAUCAGCUGAGUGGCUGCUCCUCCACCCUGCCACAGACGCAAUUUAAAAACCACGGGGGUUAAAUGUUUGUGUUCACACCUACACUACUCGGUCUGCUUUUAAUAAAUAUAUUUCUGUAUUUUUAUAAUUAAGUAGAGAUUCCAGUAUUUAAAAUCCACUCUGCAGGAACAGAUUUGCAUGGUUUUUUAUCUAUUUUUCUUGGAGAGUAUUUUGUUGUCGACAACAGACAAAGUUUAAAUACUUCUGGUGCUUCACUAUCCUACAGAUGGUACUGUAACACGAUAACAAAAAUACAAAAUCAAAAAUAAACAUGUCAGAAUACACAACUGUGUAACUGAUGAACCUUAGAUGGCGCCGCCUAUGGCCGCCACGGUUUUUCGCUCUCUGUUUUUCUUCUGCUUUUUGUUUAUUUUUCCUAUUUUCUGCUGCCCCUCACGGGUCACCUUCAGCAGAGAAGAGCUAUUUAAUAUUAGGAAGUCUUCUCCCGGCACAUCUUGCCCAAUUUUCUCCGAUCCGGACAGCUUAAAGGAGAUUCUGAUCGGAGCAGCAGCCGCUGUUUACCGGCUCUACAGGAGACGCAAGCGGGGGAAGCGCGCCGGAGCCCUCGUGCGUCUGAGAGAGAGAGGAUUCCGAACCGCGCUCCCCUCCAUUCACCUGGGAAACGUCCGAUCCCUUACAAAUAAAAUAGAUGAGCUUCUUAUGCUCAUCACAAGGACCCGGGAUUUUAGCAGAUCUGCCGCCUUUUGCUUCUCGGAAACCUGGCUCAGUGAUCUCGUCCCGGACAGCGCAGUACGGCUGCCGGGAUUCCAGCUCAUCCGAGCGGAUCGCUGCAAGGAAUCAUCAGGGAAACGAAAAGGCGGCGGGGUCUGCCUCUAUAUAAACGAAGGUUGGUGCACAGAUGCCACAGUGCUAAAAGUUUCUUGCAGUCCUCACUUAGAGACACUUUUUGUGAACUGCAAACCAUUUUAUUCACCGCGGGAGUUUUCAUCCUUUGUUCUGGUCGGCGUUUACAUUCCACCCGACGCGUGUGUGGCUGAAGCCACUCAGUGUCUCGCCGAUCAGAUAACAGACCUGGAGAAAAAACUCCCGAACUCAUUUUUUAUUGUUUUGGGGGACUUUAACAAAGCAAACCUCACUCACGAACUCCCGAAAUUCAAACAACACGUCACGUGUCCCACCAGGGACACGCGGACUCUGGACCAUUGUUACACCGUCAUAAAAAAUGCAUACCGCUCUGUUCCCCGCGCAGCUCUUGGUCACUCUGACCAUUGUCUGCUCCACCUCAUCCCUACCUACAGGCAGAAAUUAAAGACCUCGAAGCCUGUAGUUAAUACUGUUAAAAAGUGGACUGAGGAGUCAAAGCUGGAGCUUCAGGACUGUUUUCAGAUCACCGACUGGAGUGUCUUUGAAGCUGCGGCCUCAGAUCUCCAUGAACUGACUGAUACUGUUACAUCCUAUAUCAGUUUCUGCGAGGACAUGUGUGUGCAGACCAAGACGUUCUGCACAUACAAUAACAACAAAUCCUGGUUCACUCCGACCCUCAGAAAACUACGCAAAGACAAGGAGGUUGCCUACAGGAGCGGCGACCGAGCCCUGUUCAGGCAGGCCAAAAACACACUGACAAGAGAAAUCAGGAAGGCGAAGCGAUCCUACGGCGAACGGCUGCAGAAUCGCCUCUCUGCCAACCCUGACCCCUCGUCUGUGUGGAGAGGCCUGCAGAACAUCACUGGGUUCAAAAGACCAGCUCCACGCCCUGCAGGCAACCGCAAACUCGCCAACCAGCUGAACAACUUCUACUGCCGGUUCGACUCAUCAUCAUCACCAUCAUCAUCAUCACCAUCAUCAUCACCUUCAUCAUCUUCAUCAUCAUCACCAUCAUCACCUUCAUCAUCAUCACCUUCAUCAUCAUCAUCACCUUCAUCAUCAUCACCUUCAUCAUCACCACCUCCCCCCCCCUCACCCUCCCCCCCUGCGGCUCCACCAUCACCAUCCCCCUCCUCCCCCCCUGCGGCUACACCUCCACCAUCCCCCCCCUCCCCCCCCACUGCCCACCUUUUCACACCUCACCUCAGCCAACCCCCCCCACCUCUGUCUACCCCCCUCCCCCCACCCAAGAC